CGCCCUCAGUGCUCCCCAAGGGACAGCGACUGAAGCUCCGUCCUGCGAGGUGCAGACGCUCUUCGCUCUUCGGCAACCGACUGGUGGCACCAUGAGGCAGGCGGGACGUGUGGCUCUCCUGGCGGCUGUGCUACUCCUGGCACAGUUGCACCCAGGGAGCAGCCAGUGGAGCCCAGAGGCAGCGGCUGCGGCGGGGGUCCAAGACCCGAGUCUGCGCUGGAGUCCUGGGGUGCGGAACCAGGGAGGCGGGGCUCUCGCCCUCCUCUUGCUGCUGGCGGAGCACUUCCCACACCGAGCAGGGCCCGGUCGAUGGGGACCCGGGGUGGCUAGCGAGCGACUGCGAAGGGACGACCCUCCUCUGUCGAUUGACCUCACCUUCCACCUGCUGCGGACCCUGCUGGAGCUGGCGCGAGCUCAGAGUCAACGGGAGCGCGCCGAGCAGAACCGCAUCAUAUUCGACUCCGUGGGCAAGUGAUCGGUGGGGUC